UGAUUAUAUACUCAGGACAUGUUUGUAGCUGGGGGAGAGACAUCAUCGACAGUUGUGGAGUGGGCAACGGCAGAGAUGGUAAAGAAUCCAACUGUGAUGAAGAAGGCACAAGAGGAGGUGAGGCAAGUGUUUGGAGGAAAAGAAAAUGUUGAGGAGGAAAAUCUCAAUCAACUAGAGUUCUUAGACAUGAUCAUAAAAGAAACUCUUAGACUACACCCUCCUGUGGUUUUGGUCCCAAGAGAAUCUAGAGAGAGUUGUGUGAUUUAUGGGUACCAAAUGGCUGAGAAAACCAAAUUAGUUGUCAACACAUGGGCAAUGGGGAGAGACCCCAAGUACUGGACUGAUCCAGAAAAGUUCUACCCUGAGAGAUUUCAUGAGAGUUGUACUGAUUUCAAGGGCAAUGAUUUUGAGUUCAUUCCAUUUGGUGCUGGAAGAAGGAUGUGUCCUGGCAUAUUCUUUGCCUUGGCUGAUAUUAAGCUUCCUCUGGCACAGUUGUUGUUCCAUUUUGAUUGGAAACUGGCUGAUGGGAUCAAUCUCGUCAUCAUCCAGUCUUUAUAA